AUGAUGGUAGAGGAGCAGCAUGUGGCUGAGGGCCAGUUGGCUGCACCAGCCCUUUCAGAGUGCAUUGAGGUGGUUGCACCUGGGGAAGCUGGCCAGACAGGCCAGAAGGCAUUCACUUUGCCAUAUGGUGUGUGCACUUUGCCAGACUUACAGCAAAGGGCCUACAUCAACAAAGAUGGCAAAGCUGAAUGGGUUUGGGCCAGGGUGCACAGCUACUGCCAGAUCCAGAAGGAACCUGGCAGAAUGCUGAUGCACAGCAAAGAUGCACUCCUGAAAGAGCUGGGAGAGCUUCAGGUGCCUGAGGCUGGCCUCCAUUACAGGGGCAUGGACACACCAGCUGGUGAGUCUGACUGGAAGGACCACACUUUGGAAUCCUCAACUUUGCUUGGGGCCUUGGUGUACCUCUCCAAAUUGAGACAACUGAAGGAAAAUGCAAAAGUCAAAGCCAUGAAGCUCCUGUUGGAGCUGGCAGGGAAAGCCUUGCCAUUUGCCAACCUACAGCAGCCAGUGCCUGCCAUGCUCCAAAGGCCUACUGGCCCCAUGGCAAGUGCCCAGCUCUUCUUCACACCCCAGGGCCUGACACAGGAUUGGGGCAAGUUGCUGGCACUGUCACCAGGGGGUGCUGAGCUGUGGAAAAGGCUUGGAACCAGGACUUGCCUGAAUAGAUGCAUUGCAUCUUCCUUGGAAAAUGCAACAUUCCAAGAUAUCCUCUUCUUCAAUGCCUACCUCAUGUGCCACCCCAAGGUGAAAGGAAGGGGCCAACUGCUCUGGACUGCAAUUGGUUCCACUACCUUGCCUGAGCUGGUCUUUCACCUAGGCACCUGGCUGGAUGCCCUUGCUUUGGCCAUGAAGGAGGAGCCACUUCAGAUGCUGCCCAUUCUGAAGACCAAAGAAGGCAAUGCCAGGCUGCUGGCAGAUCCAGUGAACCGCAUGCUGCUUCUGUGGAAGCUUAGGAGAAGCAAGCAGCAUAGGUUGGAGAUAGCUGGCACACAUGGUGAUCUGGGUGGCAACACCAUCAGAAUGAUGAGGUAUGAAGCAUAUCUGGAUUGCCUUUUGCACAGCAAGGCCCUUGAGUAUGCUUUCAGUGGCUACAAGCAAGUCUGUGUCUCCUGGGACCCCAGCUCCUAUGGUGGCAAAGACAUUUUCAUUGGAUGCUUGUAUGUGCCACAGUGCAACCAAGCUGCAUACCUCAUGAGCCAGCAUUUGGGUGCCACCUACCUUGGAGAAUUGGAUGGGUCAUUGCUUGAGCUGGGCCAAGCCAGAAAACUCACCAGACUUGAGGGCUACAGGGAGGUCAAAGGCCUAAGCUCAUCACUGGAAGGUGUGGGGCUGUCCUUGAAGGACUUCUUUGUGCCUGAAGGACUGGUGCUCAGGCCUUUGGCUCCCCAUGAGCUCAGGAUUCAAGGUCCAGGUGGGAGAUGGUACAUCCAAAAUGAAAAGACUGGAGAGACCAAACCUGAAGCCCCAGAGGACUUUGAUUUUGGGGCUCUUCCUGCUCUCAUCUCCAUUUCAGACCAAGGGCCAGCAAACACAGCUGCACUCAACUACUUGAUGUUUAGCUCCAAGGCUUUGCUUCUGUGGUCCCUAUGGGACCCUUACCACAGAGCUUGGAACGACCUCAAGUUGGCCCUCAAGCGCUGUGCUGGUGAUGGGUGGAGAACAGUGCUAGAACUCACCCUGGUUGCCAAUAUGAACUAUGGCCCAUUUGGAAGUGGCAGUUGGUUCUUCAAGAAGAAAGCCAAAUUGCAAGACUUCCUGAUGACCAGGGAUGUGAACAGUCCUGCCUGGAACAACUUCCAGCAUCUUAUUUGUCAAGAAAGAAGGGUUUCUGAACCCAGCAAUCUGGAAGAAGCACAGGAACUGUUCACUGAGAUGGCUAGCCUGCAAUCCUUCAACACCAAAGGCCCAUUGGUGAAGCUCAUGCGCUGGUUCUCAUUUUUCGAGUCAAUGGCAUUCCUGGAUGGUGAGUUUUAUAUGACUAAACUCAUCCUUCUCCAUGCUGCUGAGAAAGCAGAUGCUGGCUCAGAGGCAGAGAUUGAUGAGGGCUUGCCACAGGAAAAAGACCACAAGAAGGAGCUUGCAGAGCUGAAAAAACGCAAGGGCACAUGGAGGUUAGCCCCAAGCCUCAUCAAUGGCAAAUCCCUUUGCAUGAAGGACUGCAUCAUGGCCUGUGGGAAGGCAAUAUGGCAGAACUUCUCUGAGAGAGCAAGGGAGGUUUGCUCCCCCAUGCGGGUGAAGGAGCUGAACAUAGCAUGUGCUCAGAGCACAUUCUUACCUUGUGAGCUCUUGGACAUGUUGGAAUCUUCUUUGGAGGAGGAGAAAUGCCUGAAGCACCUCUUUCCAGAAUUCCAAGGGCAUGAAAGUGCCAUGACCUGGCAUUGUGACCUCUUGGCAAAGCUCCUGGAGACCAGGGCAAUGAGCUUGGCUGUCUUCUACCUGAUGCCACCCAGCCUCUACUGCCACCUGCUGUCCUAUGACCCUGAGGUGUCCAGGGAAGCACAUGACUUGGCGCGGAAGCAUUGGGGCAUGUUGCUAGCAGCUGAGGAGGCCCAUGCUGCUGGUGCAACAGUCAAGCCUUUGUCCAGCAUUUACUGGAGGUUCAGCCCACUCAUCAGGGCUUUGUUCAUGGCUUUUGAGGAAGAUGCCCGCAAGUGCCUAGUGUACACCACACAAAGUCAAGCCAUGAGAUUGCAGCUGCUCUUCACUCAGCACCUGGGAGAUUCCAGGCUGAUUGAGAACAUUCACCAACAUGGAAGAGAUCUUUGCAGGGCCAGCAAAUCCAAUUCCAUGUCGAAUGUGAGCAUUAUGGCCAAUGUCUUGAGAUGUGGUGUACUGGAGGGCAGGAAAGUCCCUAUGGUUGCUGCCAAGGAGAUCAUGAAGGCAACUGGCAUGGCCUGGCAUUCCAAGAACAAGGAGCCUGUGGUUCAAAAGUUGAGAACUCAUGGGAAGAAGCUGCCUGUGGAAUUGCAGCAGAUGAUGGCACCCAACAAAAAGGGCAAUGAGCAGUGGCCAUCUCCAAGCCCUGGCUCUUUGUUUCAAAGCUGUUGCUCCACAGACUGGCUCUUCCAUUACUUCUCAGACCAAGCUGCCACAGAUGCAGAUGUCAAUUCUGCAUGGCUUUCUUGCCUUGCCAGGCCAGGGGCCAUCUUGGCACAACAAUCCACUUCAUCAGUGGUCAUGGUCAUUGCUUCUGCAGAGUACAGCUUCUUGGGUGUGGCCAUGGAGGCCAAAGUGGGCUUGACAUUGGAAAGGGCCUUCCACUGUGUUGUGAGGCGGGAUUCCAUUGGCUUCCACCACAUCACAGACUUGGAUGAUUGGUUGGAGUUGCAGGUGGAGCCUUGCCUCACCACAGCAGGAGGAACUAGGGGCCCCAUUGGUUGGCGGAAGAUUGCUGAGCCUCUCACCUUGGAUGCAGCUGCUUUGCUGAAAGGCAUCACCUUGACAUUUCUGCAGCUCAAGGAUUUGGUUGUGGCAUUGGGGGGCUCCAAGAAAGGCAUAGCUUCCAAGAAGGCUGCCAUAGAGCUCCUCAUCACCAUGGCCUUUGCUGCUGACAAAGUGGAAGAGGUGAAGGCAAUGUAUGCUGCUGAAGAGGAAGCCAGGGGUGAUGAGCAGAUGGACUCUGAUCUCUCUGAAUUGGUCUCUGAGCUUGGGCAAGAUGAUGCCAACACCCAAGACCUCAAAGACUUGAAGGAGAAGAAGCAGGCCUACAGACAAAAGAAAGCCCUCAAGAAGGCAGAGCAGCAGGUGCUGCUGCAGGGCAAGGAGAAGUCCAGGAAGGAGAAGAAAUCCAAGGACAAGAAGAAGGUGAAGAAAAGGCAUUGGGUGCACCUGGGCCCAGAAUGGGGUGAGACCAAAGAGGGCUUCAGGUGUACAAACAAGAAGAACUCAGUGCCCAGAAAUCCAAAGUUGAAGUGGCUGGCAGCAAUUGACAAGGAGAGAUACCCACCUAGCACCACUUGCAUGCUCAGUGAACUCCAACUAGAGCAGCUGCUUUGGUGCUUGACUGGGCUUUCCCCUAAGAUUUCUGUGAAAGACUUGGAUGUGAAGACCAGAUGUGAGUUGACCCUUGGCUGGACUCAGAAGCAGCUGAUCAAGGACCAGGAAGACUUUUCCAAUUUGGAUGAAUACUCAAAUCAGCUGGGCUGGUACAAUUUGUGGAAGAAGACUUCCAAGAAGGGAGCAGACCAGCAAGACAGUCCUCCCCCACCUUCUGUCUUUCAGGAGUACAGCAAGAUCAAAGGGCCCAAUGGAGAGCUUGAAGUAUGCCAUGUGGAGAGGGGCAUGAAGGUGGUGGUGGGCCCACCACAUGCUCCCAUUGCCUUGGCCUACAGAAACUCUUGCUACUACUUGAAGCUGGCAGAGACAAGCAAGACUUCUGAGGUGCUGAUGAAAGCAGAUGAUGUGUUUGAGCAUGCUGAUGGUGUGCAAGCUUGGUAUGCCAAAGUGGCAGAGACUGCACUGCUGAACCAGGAGGACAUGUGGGCUCAGCAGUAUAUCAGCCAGAUGAAAGGACUACCUGAAGGGCAUUGGCAAGCUGUGCAACUUGCAAACUUGGAGCAGCACCAAGACCUCAGGGACAUUGAGGACCUGAACAGCUACCAGUUGUCCAGAGACUUGUUCUGGGAGUCUGAGAAGAGAGUGAGGUACACCAGUGUGGGCCUAACCCCCUAUGAGAUUCACUGCUUGAAGGAAGACCUGCAUGAGGAGUAUGCACACCAUGGUAAGAAGUUGGUGUCAUUGUUUGGCAAACCCAAGGGGGCUGGCCAAGCAGUGAAGGCCUUGCUGAACUUGUUUAGGAAGCAACAUGAUUGGGGCCAAGGGGAGAUGGUGAAAGUUGACACAAUCCACUUUUCUGUCCUGAAGCACCAGUUGGUGGUGGCAUGGUCCCAAUUAUAUGAUGACAUGGAAGGAAUGAGGCUGAAGUUGAACCAUCCAGAAAAGGGUGUGGUGUGUGAUUGUUUCCCUGCCACAGCCUUGAUGCCCAUGCUGUGCAUCCAUUCCAAGUUCACCAGAGUCCAGAUGAAGGGUGGAUUUGAGCCCAACAUCAUGGAGACCUUGUGCCCCACCUGCUCUUGGUGCAUCAGAUGUGGCAAGUGGCUUGGCUGCACAUCCACUGGGUGGUUCUGCAAAGUUGCUAUGGCCAAGAGCAAGGGCAACUUGGCUGCCUACAAGGCUGUUUCUGAGAAGGCCUGCCAGCUUGCACAGGCUUUGUUCCACAGUGGCUAG